GCUUGAACCACUCAGUGAAAAGAAUGGCAAGAAGAAAUGUCCUCAUUACAGGUUGCUCCUCAGGAAUUGGACUGGCAUUAGCUGUAAAAAUGGCAAAAGAUGAACAGAAAAGAUUUAAAGUUUAUGCCACAAUGCGGAAUCUGUCCAAGAAAGAGCCACUGGAGGAAGCUGCGGGUCACAGGCUGGGCAAAACCCUCGAAAUUAAACAACUUGAUGUCUGUGAUGAACAGUCUAUUAAAGCUUGUGUGAACAGUAUCCCUGACAGAAGGAUUGAUGUCUUAGUGAGCAAUGCUGGAAUGGGGCUCAUUGGACCUAUUGAAUGUCAGACCAUAGAUGAAAUGAAAACUGUGAUGGAUACCAACUUCUUCGGACUGGUUCGACUCCUGAAGGAGAUUUUGCCUGACAUGAAGAGGAGAAAGAGUGGGCAUAUAGUUAUAAUAAGCAGUGUUAUGGGAAUACAAGGUAUUUUAUUUAAUGAUGUUUAUGCUGCAUCUAAGUUUGCUGUGGAAGGAUUCUGUGAAAGUUUAGCUAUUCAAGCACUCAAGUUCAAACUGCAGUUAAGUUUGAUUGAACCAGGCCCAGUGGUUACAGAGUUUGAAAGAAAAGUGUUUGAAGAUGGAAUGAAAAUGGAUCUUUCAGCUGCAGAUGCAGAAACAGCUGAGAUGUUUACUAAUAUUUACCUUAAAAAUUACAAGCAGAUUUUCCAGAGCCUGGGACAAAGUGCUGAAGAUGUUGCAGAGCAUACAGUAAAGAUAAUUCUUUCAGAAAAUCCACCUUUUCGCCAUCAGACCAACACCUUGUAUACUCCAAUGACAACUCUGAAGUAUGCAGAUCCAAAUGGAGAUCUACCCAUUGAUAUAUUCUACAAAAUGGUUUUUCAGCAUGACAAAAUCUUCAGUGCAAGUCUUAACUUUAUCAAAUUGCUGCGGUGGAGAAGUAGAAAGAGCUUUGACCUGGGGAAACCCUCACAAUAAAUAUGAGAUUAUAUAGCGCAAAUUGGGAUUACUUGUAGCUACCGAUGACUCAGUAUGUUGUUAUUCAAAUGGCUUUGCUCUGUAAUUGUGAAAGGCAUUCGAGAUGUUUAUUUGAGCUUAGCCAACAUAUUCAGCUGAAUGUGUAUAUCUUCAGCAUUACAGUUUGCAGAACCUUGCAAUUAAAAUCCUCUAACUACAGUUUUAUUCUAUUUAGUGUUUGCUUUUCACACCGAUAUGUUUUCGUGGGAAUGUGGACGCUGACUGACACUUGUGUAUUCAAUAUUAGCCAGAUCCCUUCACUUAGUAGAGUAUAAUACAUAGUGAGAUGUGUACAGUACGUAAACUAUUUAAAUUCUUAAUAUAAUAAAAAUAUUAUAUCUUUUUACUUAUUAGAAUAGGAUAGAAUCAGUAAUCCUUCAAUCACAGCUGCAUUCUUGUUUUCAGAAGUCGAAUCUAUUUAUCAGCAACAGAAGAGAAAGUCUCAUCAAUCUUAAAGUGUCACAAGUGGAAUAUUUAUUAUUCAUAUCUAUUUAUUAUAAUAUUCUGAAUGCUUCCUUUAUGUGCAAUGGUUACUAGUGUAUUACACUUAGUGAACAAUAAAAUGUUU